GCGGGAUGUUCGCAGUGCGCAUGCGCCGCGCCGGAAAAGUCCGGACGUGGUGAGUGGGUGCCUCUGUGCGCGGGAAGAUGGCUGAGCAGGUGUCCAAGUCCGUGCUGUUUGUGUGUCUAGGUAACAUCUGCCGAUCACCCAUUGCAGAAGCAGUUUUCAGAAAACUUGUAACCGAUCAGAACAUCUCAGAUAACUGGGUCAUUGACAGCGGCGCUGUUUCUGACUGGAACGUGGGCCGGGCACCAGAUCCCAGAGCUGUGAGCUGCCUAAGAAAUCAUGGCAUUAACACAGCCCAUAAAGCAAGACAGGUCACCAAGGAAGACUUCGCCACCUUUGACUACAUCCUGUGCAUGGAUGAGAGCAAUCUGAGAGAUUUAAAUAGAAAAAGUAAUCAAGUUAAAAACUGCAAAGCUAAAAUCGAACUACUUGGGAGCUAUGAUCCACAGAAACAAUUAAUUAUUGAAGAUCCCUAUUAUGGGAACGACUCCGACUUCGAGACCGUCUACCAGCAGUGCAUGAGGUGCUGCAGGGCCUUCCUGGAGAAGGCGCACUGAGCACACCACUCUUCCCGGUCGCGGGUCAGAGUGCACUGCCGCCCGCAGCUCCAGGCCACAGCUGUGUCUUCAGUCAACUCACUGUUUAUCUUAAAAUGUAAUUGUAGAUGGAAAUCAGUUGUUGUUUGUCGGAAGAACAAUAAAAGUUUUGACCCAGA